AUGAAUUUUGACCUCACCAAAAUUGUUAGACCCAAAAUUUUGAAUCUGAAGCCUUACCGUUGCGCCAGAGACGACUUUAAAGAGGGUAUUCUUCUAGAUGCCAAUGAAAAUCCACACGGGCCCACACUCAAAGAAGCAGAAAGCUGUGCGGGACUGAAUAGAUACCCAGACCCUCACCAGGUGGAAUUCAAGACCAAAAUUGCAGAUUUGAGAAAUACGCAGUCCAGUUUCAAGAGUGAAAAUCUGGACCCUCUGACUCCAGAAAACAUAUGUCUUGGUGUCGGAUCAGACGAGAGCAUCGAUGCUUUGAUACGUGCGUGCUGCGUUCCCGGAAAAGAGAAGAUCUUGGCGAUGCCUCCAACUUACGGCAUGUACUCGGUUUGCUCCGACAUAAAUGAUGUGGGCCUCGUUAAAGUGCCUUUAAUUGUCGAGGACAAUUCGUUUCAAAUGGAUCUACCCGCGGUGUUGGACACUCUAAACAAGGACCCCGAAAUUAAGCUGGUUUUCAUCACCUCGCCAGGAAACCCUACCGCUGCACUAGUGGAUCCCAAGAGUAUCGAGGCUCUAGCUUCUCAGUGGCAAUCUGGUAUCGUGGUCGUCGAUGAAGCGUACAUCGACUUCGCCGUCACUGGGGGGUCUGCAGCUCCUCUUGUCAAUAAGUAUCCAAAUGUGGCAGUACUGCAGACACUAUCCAAAUCGUUUGGUUUGGCAGGUGUCAGGCUUGGUUUGACGUUUGCGUCAAAGCCACUGGCAAAGGUUUUGAAUGCAAUGAAAGCUCCAUACAAUAUCUCAUCUUUGGCGUCAGAGAUUGCCCUACGCGCCAUGGAACCGGAAUCUAUCUUUAUCAUGAAAAACUCUGUACAAGAAGUUAUUGAGCAAAGAAGUCGUUUGUUGAAAGAUCUCACCUCCUUGAAGCAUGUCGCAGACACGCAAGUUGGUGGUCUAGAUGCCAAUUUCAUCAUGGUAAGAAUUCUGGGCCCCGAUAACAAACCCUGUAAUGAGCUUGCCAAGGUGCUUUAUCAUAAACUAGCUUCAGAAUCCAAAGUUGUCACCAGAUUUAGAGGCCUUGAGUAUGGGUGCGCUGGUUGUUUGAGGAUAACAGUUGGGACCAAAAAAGAAAAUGACUACCUGGUAAAAGAAUUUGCCAAGACUCUAGACAGCCUCGCGAGAUAA